GCAUUAUAUUCAGUCAUAACAACCGAAACUUCAUUUGAAGACUUUGCAGCAUCCGACGACUACUCAUGAUACUCACUUUGAUAUGUAAAGAUUAUUGAUGUAAGAGUAAAAAAGUAACAGUAUUGAUAUUUUGUAACGGAAAAAAUAACAAUUUGCACACAUAGCUACAAGAUACGAUGCGUGUUAUGAUUUAAUUUCUUGAAGCAUUUUGACACUGAUAACGAUCGCUCUUUUAGAAAAGAUGGAGAAAAAUCUUUCUAAAACAUUGUUUCAUCCAAGCUGUCAAAUAAGUAAUUUUAUUGAGACUGACCAGAGCACUGUAGAAUUGGAAAGAAAAUACAUGCAUCCACCUAUUACUACUAAGGUCUCAGUUCCAAUAACUCCUCAUGGAGAUUUCACUACUCGGACAUUCAUGACACUCAAAACAGCCACACAGCCUCAGCUUCCAGUGCCAUGGCUACAGUUUGACCUGCACUCCAUGAUACCUAACAAAUCUCGCAAAAUUGUCAAGAGGACCCUCAAAGAAAAGCAUAUUUCCAAAUCAAAACUCGCCCAUAUGUUUGAGCAAAUUGUCGAGUGGAUAAGGACAAUGUCGAUGGAUGUGGUCCUUCCGGCUCUCGUCCUCUGUCUGAGAGAAGAGGAGAGCAUGAUUUUGGAAGCUAAAACAAGAGCUGAAGAGUGGGAGAAACUGAACAUCGAUGUGCCCUAUAAUUAUAACUGCGCUCACUGUAACAGGACAGGCAAUGGUCACAUCUCAAGUGUUGAGGCAAGCAUCAUUGGUAAGAAAAUUUUUGCACGUGUGAUGCAUUUCUUGCACUGCAAAUAUCUGUUAAACAAGUCCGAUGGCCGCUUUCUGGAAAUUCCCAACCGUUCUUCAGACAGCAUAACGUCUUUAAAUGGCUGCCUCAAGCAAGAGUUGAUCCAUACGUUUAGUAAAGAUCUGAUCAGCUGUGUUUACCAGGAACUCCUGAAUAAUGACAUGGGCAAGACAUUCCCUGUCGAUUACUUGUGCUUGGAGCUUUUGCGUCAAAUGUUCACUGAAAUACCUGCACGCUGGGAAUUUUACAUAAACGUGCUUGAGUACUUCUCUCAGCGAGCAGCAGAGAACCAUCUGAAGUUGUUUCUGAGAUUGCCACUCACACCACAUGAAGAUUGCAUGGAUGACUUCAGCACCUUGGAGGAGAACUGGCACUCUGCUGACCCCAGGACCAUGACAAAAACUGAGAGAACAACUCUCAACAUCCUCAGAAAAACAGUAACUGAUACGAUAAUGGAUAUCGUCGAUCAAGCCACCGAAAAUCCUCUGCGGGCUGCUGAGAUAGUCAGGCAAGGGAAUAAAUCAGGAGCUCAAUCUGCUGAUGAAGAGCUGCAUGAGUCAGAACUUUUUGAAAGUAAAACUCCAAAGCCUGAUAUAAUGCCUGAGAAUGAGGUGCUUGGACCAAGUUCUGAAACAAAGUUAGAGGCUCAAGAUUCAGAACAGAAAGUGGCGCUUGAGAAUGUCAUUUCUAACUGCUGUGAGGAGCUGUACGAGUUAAAAAGUUUGAGAAGUAAAACUCCAAGGCCUGAUAUAAUGCAUGAGAAUGAGGUGUUCAGACCAAGUUCUGGGAUAAAGUUAGAGGCUCUUGAUUCAGAACAGGAGGUGGAGAUUGAGGAUGUACAUGAUGAAGCUCCAUUUGAAAGAAGCAGCCAGCGAGGAACAGAAGAAGAAGCCUCUCAAGGUUUAACUUUGCCAUACCAUCUUCUACAGAGUGUUGUUGAUGGACUGCUUGCAAAGCUUGAGGCUACAUAUCAUGUUGACAUUUUUGGCAUUUAUUUUUCUGAAGCUCUUGUCGCCAGUCUGGCAAAGGGACUGGCACACCUGGAAGGAAUUAAUGUUACUAGUUGCAGUCUCAGCAAUAAGUGUUUUCCCGAUGAGAACAAUACUGUUUUACAAAUUGUAAAUGAAGCUCAUGGCAUCCUGACACAAAAGAACUACUUGAAGGCAGUUUGGCAUGAAACUGAAAUGGCUGUAAUCUAUCUCACAGCUAUCCUAUCUGCAGUUAUACUCGACUACAUGGUGAUGUGUCCUAAGGCACAAAAGAAUGACGUGACCAGCGAAAGCUUUACCUUAUGGGGAUCAAACACUGGGUCUUGGAAUCCUCCUGUAAAUAAUGAGUUUUGCAUCGAAAAAGAACUGAUACAAGCCUGUGCUGCAUCUCCAUCACCUGUGGAGGAUAUUGAUUCAUCUCUUUGCAACACCGCUCAAGCUAGCAUCAGGUCUGGAAAGUACCAGGAUUCUGUCCUGGGAGAAAUACAUGAAUUAUGCUGUGAAGACCAGAGACUAGAUUCUGAUAAAUCUCUCAGUCCAGCUCUCAGAUAUGUCACACCUAAAGUAAAGAAGAAAGGUAUUCAAGUCUCCCUUUCCAAACUCUUCUUUUUCAAGAACAAGGCUAGUCAGCGAGUGGGUCCAUGUCCUUGAGAACAUUUCUUUACCAGAAAAUUUGAACCUGAGAAACAUUAAUAAAAAGUGUUUAUUUGUUAAAAAGCAUUGAUGUGCCUUUUAUCUGAACGUUCUUCCUGUAGGCACAUAUAUUUCAUAUGUGGAGUUCGAUGAAUUCAGGAGAUAUUUACAUUAUUUUAGUCUUACU